UUGAACAUGAAAACUGCAAAAUAUACUCAUAACCAUUUUCCCGCCAAAAUCAGAAAAUCGCGAUUCCAGAAUCUUCCGCGUCACUCCGCCGCCGCCGAAAGCCGUCGAAAUGUCGAAGAAAAGGGGUCUCUCAUUGGAAGAGAAGCGUGAGAAGAUGCUUCAAAUCUUUUACGAGUCCCAAGAUUUCUACCUGCUUAAGGAACUCGAGAAGAUGGGUCCCAGGAAGGGUGUCAUUGCUCAGUCAGUGAAAGAUGUUGUCCAAAGUUUAGUGGAUGAUGACCUCGUUUCCAAAGAUAAGAUUGGAACUUCUGUGUACUUCUGGAGUCUACCUAGCUGUGCUGGUAAUCAGCUCAGAAAUGUGUACCGCAAAUUCGAUUCUGAUCUACAAAGCAGUAAGAAGCGACAUGCCGAACUUGUUGACCAAUGCGAGGAGUUAAAGAAGGGGCGAGAGGAAUCUAAUGAAAGAGAGGAGGCCGUUGCAGAUCUAAAAGCCAUUGAGCAAAAGCAUAAUGAAUUGAAGGAUGAGUUGGCAAAGUAUAGAGACAACGAUCCUUCCGCCUUUGAAGCAAUGAAGGAAGCAAUAGCUGUUGCCCAUGCAUCGGCAAACAGAUGGACAGACAACAUUUUCACCUUGAGGCAAUGGUGUUCGAACAAUUUCCCUCAGGCUAAGGAACAGCUUGAAAACCUGUACAAGGAGGUUGGAAUAACAGAUGAUUUUGACUAUUUGGAAUUAGCACCUGUCCCACUCAACGCAGUUGCUAAUUGAUUACUCAGCAGCCUACAUGAAGGCCAGCUGCUGGCUGUCGUGCUUCUCUCAAACACUGAUAGUUAAAAUGCAAAGUUGAGCAUUGUCAAUGACAUCUUCAGAAAUGGCUUGUUAUUUUCUUUUCCUCUUGCUGUAUAAUUUGAUGAUGAAGUUUAAGAAGCUUUUUUACUUCUUGUGGCAAUAAUAUAUUAAAGAUUAUUAUAUUCUGCUUC